CAACGCCUCGGCUGCUCCUCUCGGAAAGUGGUGUUUUACUGCCUUCCUCCCCGCUGGGCAAUGAGGAAUAAAAGGCUUUUGAAGCUUCUUUCACUUCUCUGAGGGCUGGAAAGGAAACGUUAUCCAACGGCAAGACUCUGCUGGAGUCUUGUAGAGGGUAACUGAAGGGACCUGCAAAUUUGUGGCGGAGAAAAGCUUUUUGGAAAAACAAUCGGAUGCUUUAGCACCGCGAGGGUGCUAGUGCAAGUCUACGUCGGUUUGUUUCAGCCCCAUCAUGGGGACGGGCAUGUGUUCGAGGAGGCAGAAGGGGCUUCUGCAGACUGGGUUUUGCCUGUUGGCUGUGGCAUGUUUGGGCUCGGGAGUUUUCAUGUACAAUCACUUGCAGCAAAAGGUGAGGAACACUGAAGUCCUUGCCCAGAAAUACAAACAGCAGCAGGAAGCACUGUCUGCUCAGCUCCAAGUUGUGUAUGAGCACAGAUCCAGGCUAGAGCGAUCCCUGCAGAAGGAGAGAGGGGAACACAAGAAGACAAAGGAAGAUUUUUUAGUGUAUAAAUUAGAAGCUCAGGAAGCUCUCAACAAGGAGAAGCAAGAUUCUAUGAACAGAUAUGGGGCCCUCAGUUCCCAGCACAAGAUACUGAAGAACCAGCAUGAAGAUGUCAAGAAGCAGCUGCUUGACCUGCAGCUACAGCACAACACCUUGAAAUUGGAACAUCGUAAGACACUGGAGAUCCACAGCCAGAAAUAUGCCCAGCUGCAGCAGGAGAAGGAUAGUGAAGUCACAAACUUGCAGGAUACAGUCUUCAAACUCAGAGAAGAGAGCAAGCUUCUUCGGAAGGCACACCAGGAAGUUCACUCUCAACUCCUUAACUCCCAGGCCCAGUUGGAAGAGUUCAGGCAGUUCAAGGAAGCACUACAGAAGAUGCCGAGUUUCAAAGAAGUAGGAGCUGGGAAGGGGCAACAGCAGUUACAGGCACUGAAGGAGCAGCCCCUGGUGCCAGGCAACAGCCAGUUACAGCUUGUGAGGCAGAAGGCUUUUCCUGUCAAUCAGGAGAGUCUCCCUGCUGGGACCCUGUUGGGAGCAAAGGUCUCUGGAAUUCGGAGCCAGGCAGAUGGGCCUUUGCUGCAAGGCCAGAACUUGCACAGUAAUGAUGGCCUGAGGCCACAGGAUGAUGUGCUCCUUACCCAUCCAGCCCAACUGCAAGAUGCCAAUCCACCACCAGAUGCUAUGCCAGCCUGGCCGCCAAGGCACGGGGAUGGCCGUGUGAUCCGAUUUACCCGGACUGUGAACAGUUUACCUAAUGGGAACCCAGAUCCAAAGAUGGUGGUUCAAGAGAAAAGCAAUGAGGAAAGCCAGGCUCCUGGACUGGGACUAUCUGAUUUGAAACAUCCAUCUGCAUCAGAAAAGACUCAGAUGCCGGACAGCCACCACUUGACAGGGAGCAAGCAGCUGCAAAUGCAAAGCUGGCAAGACAUAAUGAACAAAGUGAAUGCCCAGUUGGAUGAAGAGCAAGUGAACAGUUACCCAAAGAGCCUUCAUUUUGACCCUGGGCCUGGGGAAGGGAUGCAGAAUGGUAGCCCACAGCUACCCAGCCAGAAGAGAGGGGCAGAGCUUCAAACAGCUGAUCAGGAAGGCGAGAAGGGAAGGACAGAUGAUGAGGAACUUGAAAUGGAUGCAGGAAUGAUUGAGAGAGAGGAGAACUCACAUUCUCAGAAAGAGACUGUUGUCCAGGAACCAGUGAUACCAGAUGAUGCUGCAGAUCCUGCCCAGGACCCCAAUAACCGAGGUGAAGAUGAGUUUGAGGAAGCUGAGCUGGAAAAACCAGACUUUGAAGAGAAGGUGAGAGGUUCAGAGAAGUUCAAGGAGCCCAGUGUGAAAGAAGAGUCUGAGGAGAAGCUACCAAAGGAUGCUAGCAGACCCAUCAAGGGAAGGGGAGACCCAAUGGAUGACUAUCAAGAAGAUCAGGAGCAAGAAAUUGAGGAUCAUGGAGGUGAGGGGGACGACAAUGAUGACCUGGAACUUGUCCACGAGCAGAAGGACCAUGCAGGCAUACAAGGAGCUGAUGGCAAGAAGGAUGACUACUACUGAAAGAUGCUGAAGAAAGAUGGGACAUGCUAGGAGUGAGGGGACAAUUUAUACAGGGGAACUCCUCCUGGGAGCUGGCUCCAGUAUUAAAUGCUGCCUAGAACAGACAAAGGCAGGAGGAGACGGCUGUCUUGGGCAGGCACUGAGCAGGGUGCUUGCAGAUGUGCAUUAUGUCUAUGUGUGGGGGGACAUCACUUUGUCUCCAGCCAACGGUAUGGAAGUGCUCUGAGUGUAGGAAUGACUUUAUCCUGCUGCUCCUCUUAGGAGUGCUUUUUGAUUUGUUUUCUUCAUUCUCUUGUUCUCCUCUUCCCCUCACAGCUGAAGAGAGUUUCUUAUUUUUUACUGCCUGGGCAGGGGAGAGGUGCAGGACUAUAAAAGCAGGGGUGCCUGAACUGGUCCCUGGACUUACUCAACUGAUCACUAAUAUAAAGGAAUCUGUCUUUAUGAAAUAUUUUGUUCAAUAGUGUAUCUUUUAAAACAUCAUUUGCUCCCAUCAGAGUAGGGUGGAGAGGAGGGCAACCUGAUUGUUAUCUGGAGUAAUGCAAGGGUGAUGGUUAACCACGAGCACCAACAGAAAUGACCAUGUGCCAGCAAGUGUGUAUGUGUAUGACUGGAUCCUCUUCCAGGUUCAGAGGCCUUUCCCAAUCACUCAGCUCUACAGAGCUCUCCUUUCCUUGGCUUUGCAGCUGUGACUGUGCUGCCUGGCCAGACUGAGGGCUCAGAGCCCCCCUGUCUAGGGCUGUGCAUCUCGUCUUAACAUUGCUGUUGCACCCUGGAUUCUAGUAAAUAUGAGUUGGCCUGAGCUGAGAUAGGCUUUUCUGGGAUGGUGGCAAGGACUGCCAAACAACUGUGACCCUGCAGCACCCCCUGCAGGUCCUCCAGCUGAUGGUGCCCAGGCUUCCUCCUGGGUCCACUGGACCCUUUUCCCAGAGGAAGGAAAUCAUAGGAUGUGGACCACUGGACCAGCACUGUGCUGGGCUGUGUGCUGGUGUGAAUGAAGAAAUUCAUAGUACAGCUGUCAGUCCCUCUGUUUGCUCAGAUAUUCUUCUUCUUUUUUCACUUGCUGUAGCAUUUUGGUGGCAUGGAUGCCUUGGGUAGGACAUGAACACAGUCUGGGAGGGGCCAGACUAACCUUCUGCCUAACAAUAAAAAGUUUUCAAAUGCAAGCAGCAGGAUAGGAGCAGACAUCCAUUUGUGAUGAGGUGUGUGUGGUUUUUUUGGUUUUUUUUGUUUUUUUAAAUGAAAAGCCAUGUCUGAGCAGCUGCAACAUCCCAUAAGAGCUGUCCCUCUUCUGCCCUCCUCACGCUCUUGGGAGAGGUGUUUUUGUUUGCUUUUCUGAUGUUUUUUAAUGUCUUUGCAAGAACCUGCUAUAUCAACACUUCCUGCCUGCACCUGCCUCCCAGACCGUCUUCCUUCCUCCUUCCCUCUCUCCCUGGCACAUACACAGCUUUUGGCACCUCCUGGACUGAGGUUGCUCAUGAUUUCCAGGGAAGCUGAGGGAUUUGCUCAGGACAAAAUUUGGUGCAUAGGAAAAAAAUAGUAGGGAAAAGUAUUUACAAUGAUGGAUGUGAAAGAAUAUUUGGAGCCUGAUGAACGUAACUCCAUCCUGCUCAGCUUCUCUGCAUCCUCCAAGCAUCUGAGCUGGACUUUGGGGAGCUAAGAGAAACUUUCCUCCCUCUCACUGAGGCUUGCUUUUUUGUAAGUUGGGUAUUUCUAGUGCUCUGCUAAUUCAUUAGAUUGAUAUCAGUGGUGCUUUACUCAAAGUCUCCAAAAUGUUUCUGGCCUUUCCUGCUCUGUCUGAGGAGGGUAUGUGUCAGCUGGAGUUUAAAAUGGAGGCAGGUGAAAGGAGAAUGGGCUUCAUCAUGUUUCCUCAAGGUGUGGAACCUGGCUUAUUCAUAUAAAUAGGGCAGGGCUGUCAUGUUUCCUACCUUGUGCAAGCAUAUGAGCUGUCUCUUACUUUCGGUCAUGAUGUCAGUAGUUCUGGGCUCUGGGACCACAUGCACUAAUCUUCAUGACCUGACAAAAGAUCAGAGGAAAAUUCUUUAUUCCCUGUUUGUGUUAGUUGUUCCCCACCCCCAAUCAUGUGUGGGUUUAUUUUUUUGUUUGUUUGAUUUUGGGUUUUUGUUGUGUUUUAAGCACUUUUUAGACACUUGGAAAAACAAUAUUUAUCUCCCAGUAAGUUUGGUGGUCUUCACUCAGGCGAUAUUGAUUUUUCUUCCUAGUGUUCUAAUGGAGCUUAAAAUUAAAAUGCCUUAGAGUUUUCAGGUUGGUUGUUUUUUUCCUCCUGCUAUGUUUCUUACCAGCACAAUCAACUUCAUGAGCCAAACUCUGGGGUAGAUUGGAGCAGUUAAUGCAGUUGGCUUCCUGCUUGCUUUGCUUGGAAGCAACAAGAACGCUGCUUUCCCAGAUGCUGCCCUGUGUUAGAGCUACAGCAUAAGGUCAGCUGGAUGAUAAUGAUGGAUAUUGAGUCCAGUGGAAUAAUCUUGUUAGGACUUCACAGACCCAAUCAUCUGCUUGCUGCUGUGCACUGGACCACGGCUGUGCACUGGACCGUUGGACCAGUUCUGAACUCCGUUUUCCAAAAUCACAUGAGAACAUAGAAUGCCUUACAGGUGAAUAUUGAUGCUAGCUCUUGAGAGGACAUGAGUUAAGAGAGCUCUUGGCUGCAGAAUUUUAGCUGAAGCCAAGCAUGGGUCCUACCUCAGCUGAGUUAGGAAAGUCAAAGGAAGAGCAUCACAGCUGCGGUCACUGUAGUGCUGUCCUCAGCAGCAGUUCAGCUGCAGCCAGCCACUCUAACUUAGAGGAGCUUUCUCAGGUCUGGAAAGGAGCAUUCAGUUAGAGCAUUCCCAGUGUACUGCUUUAGCUCUUUUCCUCCCAGCUUCAGAUCAGAAAUCCAGGAGUGGCCCAGUUCCCAUUUAAUGGAAGCUUUUCUAUUUUGUGUCUCUGCUCAGAGAGUUUCAGCAAAAUCGCAAUUAAUACAUGCAGUUUCCUGAUCUUUCUGCUUUGUAUCGCUCCCUGGAAUAGUCUGUUUUAACUGUAGAGGCAUUAAGAGUAUUCAGGCCUUGAGGCGCACACAGAUCUUAGAGAAAACAAUUGCUUUCUUAAGGGCUUUAUCCUCAUCACACUAUUUGGUAUCUUUAUGGGCAGAAUAAGCAAAGAUGCCAGAGGCAGAACAGCAGUCAGAGGCAGUACUGGGGAGUCUAGGGAAGGGUCUGUUAGCCAAGCAUCAUAGCUAUCCUUGUGUUCACCCUAGAAGCCCGUUAGGGAGCUUACUGUGAAGCUAUUAAUGGGUGAAAGGUAUCUGAAGUGACUUGAAAUGGUUAACACUGUGUUAGUGCUUUACAUUACCAACCUUGCUGUAUGAUGCAACACUGUUCACUCUCUACUGCCUGCUAUAAAUAGCACUUUCAGAAUAAGAUUAGCUGCAGGUGCAGUUAUCUGUCCACAUACAUCCCAAUCAAAAAUGCCUCCAAUUCUCAGCUGGGCUGGUAAGAUGUCGUUGUUUCACAGUUUAGUGUAGGACCAAUGACCAAUAUGGUCUGUGGCAUGAGUUUCAAAUCUGCAUGCCCAAGCUGCCCUGGUGAGAUAUGUAGUACAGUUAAUUUGUCUACUGAUUUUACUCUUUCCAUGCCCCUCUUAGUCUGACUCUUGGAUGGAAUAAGUAGGUUCAGACCUUAUUGGAAGUGAACCAAGCGCUAGAAAUAGACCUCCAGUGGGGAUGAGACUGCAUGUUGAUUCAGAGACUGCAGGAGCUAUCUAAAUUAGGAGGCAAAUUCUCUGCUUUUGCAUGUCUGUGAUGAGUAAUCUUUGAAAAUAUGACUUGGAGGCAACUACAGCAACUCAAGCCUGUAUGUAAAGCUCCCUGCUAGGAGAAUGCUUUAGCAACCGUAUGCUGCAUGCCACCCUUAGCUGAGAGUUAAGCAUCUCUGCCAUGGAUUUUCUGCCUUGGUUGUGUCCAAGACUAAAAUUGGCACAGGUGCUGCUGCAUAGACUAGUUAGCUGUGAGGGGUCAGUGUUUAAUUGUCUGGAUUACAGCAAGUUGCCCCUAUUUUAAUACUAUUUCAAUGUUUCCUCUAGCAGGGGAUGGAACAGGAGGCAAUAUACCCAGUGGAGGAGAACCAGAAAAGCAGCAAACCUGUGGUGUUGGGUCUGUCUGAAGGCCUCU